AUGGCAUCAAAUUCACGAAACAUAGACAAUUGCGAAUCAUGUAUGAAGCAGACUAAAUAUAUCUGCAUAACUUGCGGGGUACCAGUCUGUACAGUUUGUUGUUUGGAGGAGUUAGAUGAAGAAACCCAAGGCUGGAUUCCAUGCCGGAGUGUAGGCUACUGUUCUGUUUGUAAGGUGCAACAGUUUGAGUCAUCAAAAGUUGAAUUGAUAUCACCAUCAAGUCCUAACAGUAACAAAGAAGAUGAGGAAGCAGAUUUUGAAAGUGGGAAUGAGAGUAAUGCUGAUGGGCCACCAUUAAAAAAAAGAAAGAAAGAAAAGAAAUCUGGCAGAAAGACAAGUUGGCCUGACACUUUACUUGCUGACUUUAUUGAUAUCAUUGUAUCCAAUGAAUAUUUCAAGAAAAAACUAAUUUUCCAGAAUGUCAAAAAUCAAAAAAAUGGUGAAAUAUAUGGGAACAUUUUAAAAGAACUUAAAAAGCAUGUUCAUGCUAGAAAUGAGAAUUGCAACUACACUGUAAUCCAGCUCCGUAAUAAAUUUAAGAAGGUAGUUGGGGAGUGCAAGAAAGCAGCACUUGUAAUGAAAACUGCAAGUGGAAUAAAGAGAUUCCAAGAAGAAAAGAAUUACGGAGUUUGGUUCAAUCAGCUGCUAGAGCUGGUGAAAACAAGAGAAAGCUGCCAGCCGGAACAAGCCAUCGAACCAAGUGAGCGAUCUUUUGAUUCCACAAGUGAGUGUGUUGCUCCAGCUGAAUCAACACCAGAAUUGUUCAUCCCAGUCAUGAAGGGCACCAAAAAGAGUCCCCCCAAGGAACAGCAAUUCAAGGAGAUGCUGGGCCUUAUGAAAAACAUUGCUGAAAAAGACCCAAUGAGUGAUUUUUUGAAAUUCAUGAGGGAACAAGAGGAAAGAGAAAGGAAACACGAACUUGCAGUGAUUUCUUUGAUCAUGAACCAACAAACGAUGCCACCACAGCAGCAGCAAUUUCUGAAUUACAGCAACAUGAAUCCAGUCAUCCAGCAACAUCCUUAUGAUCAUAAUACCAUGAAUCACAUGGCUGGCAGCAGUUCUGCUUAUAACAGCUUCAUGCAAGAACUGAAUAGUGUCAAUGAGACAUCUGAGAAAACUUUCACGAAAUUGUGAGUUGAGU